CACAAGGUAAAGCCAUGCCCGCCAUGCCAUGUGGUUAUGUUAUGUUUUUGUUGGAUAUUUGACUUGUUGAUGGCGUUGAUGGUUUUUCGCCUCUCACUUCUCACUCACACUGAGACAUAAUUUUAGCUUUACAAACUGGAAAAUUAGCGACAGCUUAUUGUUAGAUCUGGGAAUAUACUGUGUGUUGCUUUCAGUGAAUCUAGGAUAAUGUGGCAAUUUUUUAUUGCUUGAAAGGCAAUUUACAUAAGCAAAAUUACUCUCAGCUUUUGACAAAGGAUGAUUAAACUUCUCACCCAAAACCAAAACUGAAUCAAAAAAUGUCAAAAAGAGCAAGAAGAAGCGCUGAUGGAGAUUUGGAGUUAGACCAACUUCUGGAGAAUGCCAGAGUGAAAAGAUCAAAAUUGAAAAACCUGAGGCCUUUGAAAAACCUGGCUUUGGAAAAAUUAGCAAGAGAACAAUGUGCACAGACCUCUCUAGAGCCAUUUCAGUAUCUGUCUCCUCCAUUGCAAAAGGAAAUCUUGAGUUACAUGGCAAGCCAACAAAGCACUGAAAAUUGGCUAUCCCCUGCCAAGGCUGAUUGGAUGUUAGAAUUGGUUAUUCGUCUCUUGAAUGCCAACAUAAGGGAGUUUGACUUUGGCAUCUUUGGUUGUCGAUUGCACUGGACGGACACUGAGCGUGACCAAAAAGUGUGGUUUAUGCUUGUUGAAAAGUGUCCCAACUUGGAGAGAAUCUCUGACAAGCGCUAUCAUCAAACUGACUCUAUGACAUAUUUAUCGCCAAAGAAGGAAGACCCCAAGAAAAAAUUUUUCCUGAGAAAUGUGAUGCCUUACUUGCUGAAAUUCCAGAAACUAAAGCAUAUUGUCCUGAAAAAUUAUAUUUGUGACUCUGAAGACUUGGCGCAGCUUGCUCACCAUUUUCCGAAGCUACAAACUUUGUGUGUCACCAUCAAGUUGGUCUACUUUGACACUUUGAAAAAUUUGUUCCUUCUCCAGAACCUGGAACAACUGGACAUCAAUUGGUGCACAUAUGAUUUUUAUUUUAACGAUGACAAGUUGGAGACUGAUGAGCAGACCCACUACUCAAAGCACUUCAAAGCAGAGUGCAUGGAGCAGCUGCCGUGCUUACAGUACUGCUCAGGAGGCGCAGAGCACCACAACUUCCGUCCUUACCGAGGCAAAAGCAAACUAUCCCUUAAAGAAAUUUAUGUUAAGGGUGACUUUGAUUUACAACUUGUCCCCUCUUUGGAAAAACUGCAUCUGAAAGGGCCUCUAAAAAUGCAAUUGGAUGGAAUUGGAGCUCUUUUCAACCUAACAGAUUUGCAUUUGAGUGAUGUCAAAGAUUCUCAUGUUUCUGAUCUGCUGACCCACUGUGGUGACAAGCUUCACAAACUGAUUUUGAGUCAGGGAGAUUCUGAAGUUGGUACAAACCCUUACGAGUUACUUGUCAAGUGCCCAAAUCUCCGUACACUUGACGUUUUCUCAGAUCUGUACGACGGAGAGGACAAUUUCUUUAAAUUUCAAGUGAACGCCAACAACUUCAAGUACAUGAAACAUUUUUCUUUCACAUGCAUUGAAGAAGAUUUCCCUCGUGAUUUAACUGCACUUGUCCUGGCAGCGCCAGACUUAAAGAAAUUUUCUUUGUCGGACAAAUUGAAUUUUUCUGAUAAUUAUCACUUGGCCCAUUUAACUGAGAUGCUAGUUAAAGGACGCAUUUUGCAGAAUCUUAAGUCAUUUGAGUUUAUUUGUAUCAGUGAUGAGCCCAGCACUUGCCUUGAGUUGGUUAAGUUCCUCUGCCUCCUUCCAGUUCAUGCUCCAAGACUCAAAUUGAUUCAGUGCGAUGUUGCAAGUUUUGAAUUUUCAAGGGAAGCCAAAAAAUCUUUUCUAUUUGGUGGGCUUCAACAAAUUGGUUUCAAAUUUGUUUUGGACGAUUGAGUGCUCUUUUAAGCAUUCAUCUCUAGUCGUUAGAAACAAUUAUGAAUGUAAAUUUGAAGAAUUCCUAUAAAAUUUGACGUGCCAUCAAAAUAGUAAAAUACCUAUAUGUAUAAAUAAAAUUGACUACUGUAGUUAUGAGAUUCAAUUAAAUAAAUAGUGUAUUUUAGUGUAAAAACCAUUCAUCAAAUAAUAUAAUUAUAAAUAAUAUCAGGUAUUAUGUGUUUGAAAAAAAUAAUUGGAUCCAUAUAUGCAGCAUGGGCUAAGUCUAUAUCUUUAAUUCUGCUUUUUCAAACUAUAAAGCCGAGCACUUGCAUUAUGUUAUUAGUAAAGUACCCUCUGCCUUCUUCCAGUCAUGCCGCUCCGAGACUUGAAUUGAUUCUCAGUGUCAAGGGUAUGCAAGUAUGUUGUUUUCUAGACAAGCCAAAAAAUAUUUCCUGUUUGGAGGUCUUGACUCUUGACCAAAUUGGCUUCAAAUUUAUAUUGGAAGAUCCAAAAGUGAGUGAUCUUUUAAUCAUCCAUAAAUAGUGAUUGGGAAUAGCAAUGAAUUAAAAGAACAAUCCUUUUAUUAUUGAGCGGCACAGAAAAAUUAAUUUUUGUGAUCGAAAUAAUCGGAAAUAAUGUCGCGAAAUGUAAUGUAACUAAAUAAAAAUUAACUGAUUAGAUGUUAGA